AUGAUCAGCAACAACAAGGAAACUGCAACAGCACUUUCCUUAGGGAUCGUCGUUGGUUCUGUAGUAUCGUCAGCCAUAUUUGCCGCCACCAUCAAACGAAAGCCUCCCUCCACGGCCGCCGUUAUUGUUCGCGUUCCAGGAUUCAAAGAGUGGCGCAUGAGCAAAUGGAUCCAACACGACGGUAUUUUACGAACCCAAGGUUUGGUCGGUGACGUUUCCAAAGUACCUGGAUCCUCCACAGCCCAACAAACAUCGGAAGCUUUGGCCAAGUUGGAUGCCAUAUUACAAGAAGCCAAGGUUCCUCGCAAGAAUUUGUUGGCGGUGCGCAUUUACGUGGCCGAAUACACACCAGCCAAUUUGAAAGAAAUGAACGAUGUGUAUGACCAGUGGGUCGAUCCAGAAGGAUUGCCCACACGAAUUUGUGUGCAAGCGGGAAUGGGGAAUUUUGCUGUGGAAAUUCAAGCGGAGGCCUAUUAUUAG